UACGUCUUAAACAACUUAGUUGCCAAGAAACUUUAUGAAAUUAAUGUAACUUGAGCUCUAAAAAAAUUUCCAUGUACUAACAAUGUAAUUUGAGCUCUGAGAAAUUUUCUACUCAAAUGUAAAUGUCAUGUAAAACUUGCGGACAUGCCGAAUGAACCAACAGCUCGAUGGAUCGUUCCUCUGCAUGAUGGGAAUCGUGUGGUAGAAUUCGAACACGGUACUGCAUCUGGUAAACGAGUAGUUCGUGUCAAUGGGAAGACAAUUAUCAACCGAGAAUGGAUGUUCCGUUUAGUUGGCGAUGAAGAAUUCAUGUACGGUGAUACCAAAUUUACAAUACGUGUGGAUCCGAUCCCAGGUUUAAAAUAUUCAUAUUCACUCUGGGUCAAUGGCAAAACCUUCAGUAAAUUUGUUCAAACGCAGUCAAAAAUUCUUGAGACAUGGAUUGCUAAAAUUGGUGACAAAAAAUAUAAAAUUAUAUUGGAUAAAAAUUCACUCUCGGUUUGGAUGAAUGGAGAAGAAAUAGAAGUUGAAAAUCAAUUUGUCAACGACGGAGCAGAAAUGCUUUUUAAUAUUGAAGGUACACCAGCUGUCAUAAGAUCUUACAGUUCUCAGCAACACGGUGUUGGUAUUAAAUAUAUUCUUUAUGUCAACGGAAGUGAAGUUUUAGAAAAAGGCAUGCUCUCUGACCAUUUGACUCAAUAAAUAAUAUAAAAUAUAAUUGACAAUUGAUAAAUCAACACUUACAUUCUUGGAAAUUUUUAUUCUAAGAGUGCCAUUUAAUUAAACACAAAUAAAUA